AUGGGAGGAGUAGGAAAAACAACCAUUCUCACAAGGAUCAACAACAAGUUAGGUCAAAUAAGUGGUGGAUUCAAAAUUGUGAUUUGGGUUACAGUUUCUAGAGAUUCUCUGGUCGGGAAAAUUCAAGAUGAUAUUGGUGAAAAACUUGGCCUUCGUGGAGAGGAGUGGAACCGUAAAAAGGAAAGCCAGAAGGCCAUUGAGCUGUAUAGUUCACUAAAGGAUAAAAAGUUUGUGUUGUUGUUGGACAACUUAUGGAGGAAGAUAGAUCUAGAAGAGAUUGGAAUCCCAUUUCCAACAAUGGGAUCUAAACGCAAAGUAGCAUUCACCACUCGUUCACGAGAAGUAUGUGCACGCAUGGGGGUUCAUAACCCCGUGGAGAUCCAGUGUUUGGCGCCAGAUGAUGCAUGGGAACUGUUCAAAAAGAAAGUUGGAGCAAACACAUUGAAGAGUGAUCCUGAUAUUCAAGAUCUUGCAAAAAGAGUUGUUGAAAAAUGUGGUGGUCUACCAUUGGCACUCAACGCCAUUGGUGAGACCAUGGCAUGUAAAACAACAGCACAAGAAUGGAAUUGUGCUGUUGAUGUUUUGACUUCAUCUGCUGCAGAAUUCUCAGGAAUGGAAGAUGAUAUUCUUCCAGUUUUGAAGUAUAGCUACGACAGUUUGAAGAGUGAACAGGUGAAGUCAUGUUUCAAAUAUUGUGCUCUAUUUCCUGAAUAUUAUCUAAUAACUAAAGAUAGGUUGAUAGACUACUGGAUAUGCGAGGGGUUCAUCAUUGAAAAUGAGGAUAGAGAAAAAGUCGUGCACCAAGGUCAUGAUAUAAUUGGUAUUCUUGUUCAUACGUGUUUGUUGAUGGAAGAUGAAAGGGAUAAGCGGAAAGUGAAGAUGCAUGAUGUGGUUCGUGAAAUGGCCUUGUGGGUAGCAUCUGAAUUUGGGAAGCAUAAAGAAAAUUUUGUUGCCCAAGCAAAAUUCAAGUUACACGGAAUACCAAGGACGAUCAAGAACUGGAGUGAUGUGAAACGAAUGUCGUUGAUGUGUAAUGAGAUUACAUAUUUAUCUGACAUCCCUAGAACUCCCGAGCUUUUAACUUUGUUCCUUCAGCAGAAUCAAAAAUUGCAAAAGAUAUCGGAGGAGUUCUUCACAUCAAUGCCAAGGUUAGCUGUUUUGGAUCUAUCAAAGAACUAUUUCCUUUCUGAAUUGCCAGAACGAAUAUCAGAGUUAGUUUCACUAAAGUAUCUCGACUUGUCAGAAACAUCAAUAGAAAGAUUGCCUAUUGGUAUAAGAGAGUUGAAAAGAUUAAUACAUUUGAAUUUGGAGCGCACACUGAGUCUUGAAAGUAUCUCUGGGGUAUCACAUUUGUCGAGAUUAAAGAUCUUGGGGUUAAAGUAUUCAGCUCUUCAGCUAGAUCUUAGCUCACUAAAAGAGCUACAAGCCAUGGAUCAUUUAGAUAUUCUAACCAUGAGUAUUUCUUCAAUCUCAAAAAUGAAGCAACUGUUAAGUGCAUACAAGUUGGCCAGCCUUGUUACCGAUCUAUCUAUCGACAGUUACCUUAAGGUAGAAGGGUUGAGUAUGCCAAGUAUGGAUAAAUGUCGUCGCCUCAGCAUAAGCACUUGUGUUAUAUGGGAGAUAAAGAUUGAUAGGACAUACAGUGAAAUUCCUUGCUUCCCUAACCUCUCUGAUGUGCAUAUAAGUGAGUGCAACAUCAACCUAAAGGAUCUAACAUGGCUGAUGUUUGUUCCAAAUCUGUCUAAGCUUACCAUUGUCACCGCGAAGCAACUAGAGGAUAUAAUCAGCAAAGAGAAAGCAGAGUCAGUUAUUAAACCUUUUCAAAAGCUAAAAUGUCUACAACUCCAUGGUUUACCUAAGCUAAAAAGCAUUUACAAGAGUCCUCUACCAUUUCCUUAUCUGAGGAAUAUCGAUGUGAGGAACUGCCCAAUGUUGAAAAAGCUCCCACUCAAUUCUAAAAGCACCAUGGGACAAGAAGUCGUGAUAGAAUAUGGAGAGAGAAAAUGGAUAGAAUUGAUUGAAUGGGAAGAUGAAGCCACUAAAGACCGUUUCUUACCUUCAUGUCAUCAACUAGCCACGAUCAAUCCAUAA